AAUUGGCACCUGUCACAUCAUGACAUGUUGAUGUUCUGGUGAUUAAUAUUUAAUCAUGGGUGAAGGAAGAAAAGGUGAGAAUGGAUUUGUUUAUACAUUGAAACUGAGAAACAUCUUCUGAAAUUAAACAAAAAAAGAGCACAUAUGAUCAAUAGAUGAUGUGAUAAAUGCCGUUACAGAGACUACAAGAAAAACAGGAGGCAUACGAUGCUCUAGUGGGUGAUGCAAGGUCACAGUCUCCAGACUGGGUGGACAAUACAGAGCAAGUCCAACAUGGAGGUUCUGAGGAGAGAAUGAGCCAGUUUUCAACUCAGUCCUGUUGUGAUGAAAGUCAGCUUCGUCUUCUUCCAUGCCUUCAUUCUGCCUGCAAGCCAUGCCUUGAUCAAGCUACACAGGUAGAUGAGAACUGCCUACACUGUCCUUCCUGUGGUCGUGAGUUCACCAUGGAGCAGACAUCAGUAGACCAUGUCAGACGAAAUGAAGCUGCCUAUAAAGUCAACGCGGAUGGUGAGAUGAAAUGCAGCUACAUCGAAGGGAAGCAUGAUGCUAAAGUUGUAGUGUACUGUCACGAAUGUGAUGAGAAGCUCUGCUCUGACUGCCAUAAACUCCAUGACACGGUGACACGGAAUCGAAAUCACAGAGUAACUGAGAUCAACCAGGCCGAGAAUAUCCCUAUGAAUCAGUGGCUGAAGGACCGUUACUGCAGAGACCACCCUGACAACAAACUGCAGCUAUAUGACCACACGUGUAAGAAGGCAAUCUGUCUUAUAUGUGACCGUGGGGCCCACGAGAUGCACAAGAAUGAAGAUUUGAAUCAGGCCUAUGACGUUGCAAAGGAUCAGCUGGAGGAACAAGUGCAGAAGCAACAACUUAAACUGAAAGAUGUCACUGGCAGAAUGGAAAGUGUCACGAGACACCAAAAUGAACUGGGUAAUACUCAGAGAAAGCUGCAAGAAGAUGCCGCUACAGUUUGCACUAGUGUUGCUGUACGGUUCCUUCAUCGACAGAGACAACUGAUGAAGGAGAUUCUAAUGAGUCUACAGGCCCCUCGUGUAAUGGUUCAAGAUAAACUGGACACUUUACAAGACGUCCAUACUUCAAUAGUAUCGGCGAUAGACUACACCCAGAGAACACUUGAAUCUACAAGACGAGAGGAGCUCAUUACUCUCACAGAUGUAAUGCAGACGAAAUGUGAUGAAAAUCUGAAGCUGGAGCUUCCAGAAGAUGACACACAAGACACAAGAAUCCUUCUUACCUUUCAAGGCCAGAGAGCCAUGGAGGAACUUAUCGACACAUUUGGUGGUCUCGCCUCCAGUCUCAACAUGGAUCAUAUUCCAGAUUCUCAGCCUACUUCACAAGAUCUGCUGACGAUGAUAAGGAGAGAACGAGAAACCAUCAUGAUGCAUGAAGGGCGGUGGCAACAACUCCGACAGAUGAUACAUAGCAUCAUCCCAGAACUGAAAGGAUCAGACAGCAGAAUGGCGAGAUCACAGGAACCUGAACAGCUAACAUCACAAGAAGUGCAUGGCAUUGUCACAAAUCUCCUAACCGCAGCAUUCAUCCCCGACGAGACAAUUCCACGUGGUAUUACGUUGCAAGGCUAUGCCACAUUGCACGUCAUAAGACAGGACCGCAGUGUUAAUUUCAUCAUCUGUCCUAAACUCGAACUGGACGCUGGUCGAGUCAACACACGCUGGUGCCAUGUUACUACCGACGGUGAGCUGGCAAACUCGCCGCCCGCGACACAACACACGGACAGUGGCAAGCUACAGAGAUUGUUCGGCACGUGUAGCUCCACCCCCAUCCCCCUUACUCCAUCCCCCUCUAGUGUCACCCCUGUCCCCCACACAACACGUUACUGGGAGACCCAUAUCAGGGUGGGUGUUGUGGUUAGAGUGUUGGGGUGGCCUGUCCUGGAGGUAGGUGUGGGGGAGGAGAGCCAGGUAGACAGUGAGAUGUAUGUUUGUGACCAGCCCCGCUCCUGGUGUGUCCGUGUAUGGAGCUGUGGCACACACCAGGGGAGUCUCUGUACCAGGGUGUAUCUGGCGGGGGAGUGGGGGAAGUGUUACAGUAACACAAUGUCUACCACACCCGGCAGACAGGCCACCCUCCACUAUGGCAUUGUGUUGGAUGUCGGGAGGGGUAGAAUAGGAUUUAUUGACAUAGACAGGUCGGUUGUUUUAGGGAAAGUUGAUGUGGAGUUCAGGGAGGAUCUUCUCCCUGUGUUUGCUGUCUGUCGGGUCAGUGACUACACAGUAAACAUGAAGGUGGUCAGUGGGGAGGAGAUCCUCAUGUCUGACAUCAAGAAAUCACUCAUUAAUGAAGUCCUGGCCUAAGGAAUAUACUAAACAUGACCCAGUGUAAACUUGUAAAUAUCACACAUCAACUUUAUCAGACAAAUUCAAUACCACAGAACUGAAAGAAGCGGACAUAGAAGUUACCUGUUUAUGCGUUGUAUGUUGUGUACAACAAUGUGACAAGGUUAGCUAAAUAUGUCGGUUUUCUACAUGACAGUUUUCAUUUGUGUACUAGCAGCAUUUUACAUCCACACAAGAGUAUUGUUAUGAUUAUUAUUAUGUAAUAACUGAUCAGUAUAUGAAACAUUUCAUACAUUUCUGGGACAUGUCACAACUAACAACUGAGUUGCUGAUUGAGUAAAAAGUUGUUUCAAAUCACGAAUAUUUUGACAUAUUUUGUUUUUCUUCUGUGAAAUAAACAAUUUAAAUACCCAUUCGUUGAGGCUAUAGUUUGAAAUAUAAUAUUUGUAGCUGUAAAAUAGACAUGUUGAUGUCAGUUCAGUUAGACAAUGAAAGUGAUAGAAGCGGACAUAUAAUGUCCCAGUUUUAAUGUGCCAAAGUACUUGUGUUAGGAGAGAAAUGUAGCUACGAAACUGUCUGUUUCUUUAUUCUAUCAGUCCUGUUGUGUUUGGAAAUAAUUUAAAUUACCCACAGAGGGUUUACUUUGUGUGUUUUUUCUUGGUCCGUGUAUCCACACAAAUAAUGUCAAAAGUACAAUCCUGCCAUGUCACAGAGUUGAUUACAACAUGGCCCCCUAUGUACAUUUACAUGUGUGUAUAAAAUUGAAAACUGAAAGUUGUGUGUGAGUUACUGUCUAAUUGAAACACUGGGUCUACCUCUGACAAUGGGGUGUGUAGAGAUGGAUGUGCCACUCUUAGAGUUCCACGCCAAUUAUAAAAUAUCAGGCUUUAGUUUUGGUCAGUAUGACAUGAGUAGAUAUAAAACAUCUACCGUCUGUACCUGUUGUGUUUGACUCCGAUCUGUCUACUCCUCCAGUAAAUUACAAGGUUGAAAUAGGGGAUAAAUUAUCACCAGAAUCCCGCUUUAGAGAACUGUUUGUAUUCAACUAUUUUGCGAUGUCAUGUGGACUGGUUGACUUAUCUGAUAAAUACAUGCAUUGACUUUCUAUAUUUCUAUAUUGUAUGUAUCUGAUAACAUGUCUGAUGUUCAUUGUGUAAGAUAUGCUAGGUGUUAGCUGAUGUUAUUUAAUAUGCAUUGGAAUAAAUAUUGGUAUCAAUCCUG